GUUUCUUUUCCUUUUCCUUGUUCUUGUUCUUCUCCUUCUCCUCUCCACCUGUUAAAUUGAAACCUCCUCUUUCUCCUCCUCCUCCUCCUCCUCCUCCUCCUUCAGUAUGUCAGUAGAUUCACACUCCAUCUCCUCCUCCUCCUCCUCCUCCUCUAACAAGAAUUUAGCUUUAGAUGCAAAAUUUUCAUCCUCCUCUACGCAAGCGGACAUGACAGACACCCCUGCAGACAUGAAGGGAGGUGGAUCCAGGAGCGGCCUAGGGUACGCCACCACGGCCUUGUUCCUUAUCACGCAGAUGGCUGGCGCUGGCUUCCUGUCGCUCCCUAAGGCUACAGCUAACACGGGCUGGCUGGGGGUGGUGAUGAUGCUGGUGUUCUGUGUGGGCGUCGGGUUCGCAGGCACAAGGCUCGGGAAGUCUUGGGUGAUCCUAGAGGAGCGCUGGCCUGCCUUAUAUGCUGGAGGAUCAAGGCAACCCUACAUGGAUAUUGCCGGAGAGGCGUUGGGCAAGCCAGGCAGGGUGUUCGCGUUGGUGUGUGUGUUUCUGACCCUCUUCGGCAGCAGCACAGUGUACCUCAUCCUUAUGGCGUCCUUCAUUGAGAAUCUGGCGCCGGUGCUGUCUGUGUGCGAGUGGUUGUGUGUGGUGACCCUUGUGGUGCUGCCCUUCACUUGGCUAGGCACACCGAAGGACUUCUGGCAGGCGUCAGUGGUGGCGGCGGCGUCGACAGCGCUGGCGUGCCUGGUGAUCUUCGUGGAGCUGCUGGUGGAGGCGCCGGACUAUCCUGAGCCACACUACCCCAACCCCACCGUGUUCACCUUCGCCCUGGGCUUCGCUUCCAUCCUCUUUGCUUUCGGCGGCGCCUCCGUCUUCCCCACCAUCCAGAACGACAUGGCGGACAGGGCGCUCUUCGGACGUAGCGUUGUCGUUGCGUUCUUCGGCCUGCUAUUAAUGUACCUGCCGGUGGCCAUCACGGGGUACACUGUGCUGGGAGACGCUGUGAAGGACAACAUUCUCCUUAACGUGGAGACGAAGAAGGUAGUGAUCAAGGUGGCAAUAGUGAUGGAGGUGUUGAAUCUUGCUGGUACUUACAUCAUUACCUGCAAUCCCGUUUACCAGGUGUUUGAGGAGCAGCUGAAGAUUGAGAAAGGUUUCGGGUGGCGUCGCUGCGCACUGAGGUCUUGCAUCGUGGCGGCGCAGCUAGUCCUGGGUCUCGCUAUCCCGAUGUUUGACAAGAUUCUGAAUCUAAUAGGAGGAUCGACCGUGACUGCUUGCACCUUCCUCCUCCCUGGGAUUUGUUACCUGAGGCUGACUGACAAGAAGGGAGACUGGCCAGAGAGGUUUGUGCCGCUGUGGGAGAGAACAGCGCUGAUUCUGACGAUCUGCGUGGGUGUGGUGGGCGGCGUCGUGUCCACUAUAUCAGCAGUGUUGGAUAUCAUUAACCCAGAUUCAAUGGGGCAGUCUUGUUUUGCUGAUUUCCACCCUGUUCAGACCGAGUAGAAGGUGACGGUGGCAGUUGAGUGGGUGUGUGUGUGGGUGUAGGUGUGUGGGGAGGGUUGGGGAGGGUGUGGUGUGUUGGAGGGUAGAGGUGGGAGGGCAGGAAAGGGAGAAGGGUAGGUAGAGAAGGGAGGGAAGAAGAUAGAAGAGUAAAUUGAUAGUAUGGUACAUUAUUUGCUACUACUACUACUACUACUACUACUACUACUACUACUACUACUACUACUACUACUACUACUACAGUGUUUUUUCUAUAUAAACUUGUUAUUCUAAGUUAAACCUCUCUUAUGUUAGAAAUAGAGGAGAGACUUCAUUAUACCAAUAUUAUUAAGUAUUAUACAACUAACAUUAAUAAACUCAACCUAAUUCAACUUAAGCCAACAUAUCUUAAACAUUUUUUCAUAUAUAUCUUUAGGCCAUCUUUCUACUUUGUCACAUUAUUUUCUUAUAUAUUUAAUUACUCUGUUUUAAUUGAUUACUUGUAGGCCUGUGAUGAAAAUAGGGAAAGGCAGGAUAGAGUAUGUUUUCUUAUUAUUCUUUUGCACUUUUAUAACUUCAUGCUAAGUUUUGGAACAUUCUGCAUUGUAUAAUUAGUUGUGGACGAGAGAGAGAGAGAGAGAGAGAGAGAGAGAGAGAGAGAGAGAGAGAGAGAGAGAGAGAGAGAGAGAGAGA